AUGGCGACGAAACUUCAUAUAUUUACGGGAUUGGCCCCCGCGCCAUUUCAAUCUUCUUCUUCCUCCUCCUCCUCCUCCACUCUCUGCGUAGUCAAGAAGCCUCUCACUACUUCCUUUUUCGGCGCCGGAGGAGUGGAAGUUCUGAAGCUGAGCGCGGUGAGGAUUGCGAAGCCUGUGCGUGGUGGAGGUGCUCUAGGUGCUCGCAUGAACCUCUUUGACAGGUUCGCCAGAGUUGUGAAGUCAUACGCAAACGCUAUCAUAAGUUCGUUUGAAGAUCCGGAGAAAAUAUUGGAGCAAGCCGUGCUGGAAAUGAACGACGACUUGACGAAAAUGCGUCAAGCUACUGCACAAGUAUUGGCAUCUCAAAAGCGGUUGGAAAAUAAGUACAAGGCUGCAGAACAAGCUUCUGAAGAGUGGUAUCGGAAAGCACAACUUGCUCUUCAGAAAGGUGAAGAAGAUCUUGCUCGUGAAGCACUUAAGAGGCGUAAAUCUUAUGCGGAUAAUGCCAGUUCUUUGAAAGCUCAACUUGACCAACAAAAGACUGUUGUCGAGAAUCUUGUCUCUAAUACACGGCUUUUGGAGAGUAAGAUACAAGAGGCAAGGUCGAAGAAGGAUACUCUGAAAGCAAGAGCUCAAUCAGCAAAGACUGCAACCAAGGUGAGUGAGAUGUUGGGAAAUGUCAAUACCAGUAGUGCUCUUUCGGCCUUCGAAAAGAUGGAAGAGAAAGUGAUGGCAAUGGAGUCCCAAGCUGAAGCUCUUGGUCAGUUGACAACUGAUGAUCUUGAAGGAAAGUUUGCAUUGCUUGAGAGCUCGUCAGUUGAUGACGACCUUGCAAAUUUGAAGAAAGAAUUAUCUGGUGGUUCAAAGAAAGGUGACCUUCCUCCUGGAAGAAGUGGCACCACUAGCACCAACACUGGAAUUCCAUUUCGAGACUCUGAGAUUGAGUUGGAACUUGAUCAAUUGAGGCAAAGAGCGAAGGAAUUUUGA